AUGACGAAGGUUCCUGCUUGGUGGGCGCCAUGUCUUUUGGUAUAUAAUCAAAAGCACACUAGGUUGAUCACAUCACGGGAAAAUCUGACAUUGUUUGAGGCAGAUCCAACUGGUUUCCUUGAGCUGUUUCUAAUCCAGGAAGAGUGUUGGCUUCAUGACUUUGAGCCAGAGACAAAGAAACAAUUCAUACAGUGGAAACACUCCCCUUCAUUUACAGAGCAGGCGAUGGCUUCAGUUUAUUGGGAUGCAAAAGGCAUCCCUUUUGACUAUUUUCAAAAGGAUCGCACCAUCAACGGAGAAUACUAUACCAAUUUGCCGAGGCAGUUACGAAAGGCUAUCAAGACCAAACGCCCAGAAAAACUAACGAAAGGGGUCUUUUUUCAUCAGGACAAUGCUCCAGGACACAAGUGA